AUGAAUACGAGUCCUGCACCUACAUCAAUUCCAACAGCUACUCCUACAACUGUGACUGCCCCUGCUACACCUGCUACUGCCACGACAACUUCAACUCCAACAUCUACCAAACAACAUCAUCCAGCACGUACUCAUUCACAACCACAUCAUAGAGGUGGAGCAGGAGGCGGGGGCGGAGGAGCCGGAGGCCUCCAACGUCCACAACAACAAUCAAAUAGACCCAAACAGAACAAAGAACGAGGAGGAGGUGGAGGUGGAGGUGGAGGUGGAGGAACUCCACAUAAGCAUAAGCAACAACAAGCAUCAACUGGUAGACCAAGUGAUGCAAGACCAGUCGUCCAGGAUGUGUCACAUGACAAGGAGUUUGAUGCAGAGCUUGAGCUGGCAGUUGCAUUGAGUAAGGUUGAGUUUGAGAACCAACAACAACAGCAGAACCAGCAACAACCACAUCAACUACAACAACAACAACAAAAGAAGUCAAAGAAGACACAAGUUGACAUGACACACUUGAUAUACACAAAGAAGGAUAAACCAACAGCAUCAUAUUACAAGGAUUAUGGUUCUGGAUCUGGAUCAGGGCACUCUGGUCAACGCCAUCAUAACAAUAACAACAGUGGCUACAGGUCAUCACCAUCAUCCAACAAGAAGAAGGCAUUUGACAACAGUGCCCAACGAUCAAACCUAUUCCUACAAGCCAACUAUCUGUUCAAAGUCAAUGCCUAUGGUAACUACAGGUCGAGUCUAUCAAACCCUGACUACAUUGCAUGCUGGAACAGGAUUGAGCAAGUGGAAUACCUAACCAAGUCCAGCGAGUUCGUCUGUCCCAUCUGUUUCGAGCCACCUGUGGCAGGUAAGGUUACCAAGUGUGGACAUAUUGCAUGCUAUGGAUGUAUAUUGAGAAGCUUGUAUCAUAGUAGCAACUGUCCACUUUGUUUGAAACCAAUUGACAGGACGGACUUGCGAAGUGUACAUAUAUCAAAGGCGACAAAGUAUGUGGAGAAUGACCCAAUCGAGUUACAACUACUUCGAUAUCGUGAGGGAACUACUGUGCCAUACCUCGCGCAACAGCCCAUCCCCUCGCUCAUUUCAUUCCCCGACGUUGGUCAUGCCAACUCGGUGUUCUCUCGUUUCUCGAUCAUUCAUGACAUUGGACCAAUCACCAAACUGGAGAAAGAGGAGCUGGAGCGCGCAAAGAUCAUGGCGCACAGAGAGGGCGAGGAAGAGACAGUGCGCUACCUCAGUCGUGCCGAGAGGGAGAUUGAAGAGCGCGAGACUGCCUUCAAGAAGAUGUCGGAGCAGAAGAGCAUGGAGCAUGGGCAUUCCUCAUCGUCGUUGUCCAUCCCAACAUCAUCAAUGUCCACAUCACCUGGAGAACAUUCGUUGGAGUCAGACGCAUCAACGGUUGGAUCACCAGACUCACUCAAACUAGCACAAGAGUACUUCUACAAUCAACUCAUGAACAAUCAACAAGAUGAUGAUGCGGCCAACACAUAUACAUCAACAACAUCAACAACAACUACCUCAACAACAACUUCAACGACAUCAUCCAACAAUCAAUCUAACAAUCAUAGCAACAACAACAACAAACAUGUACCACAUGAUGUGAAUGACAAGUUCUCUUACAACAGUCCACCAAACGAAGGAUACCAUUACUAUUAUCAAUCAAUUGAUGGACAACCAAUCUUCAUGCAUCCACUAUGCAUGCAGAUCUUGUCAAGAGAUGCCUAUCUGCGAUCACUCCAACAACUAGAGCCUGGCGUCACGCCAACACCACCAUCAUUACCCGAUGUACUCAAGUCCAGGGUACUGGAGAUGGAAUCAUUCGAGAUCACAAAGAAGUCACGACACGUCUACAAGGCACUCAACAUCUUGGCAUUGACCAGUGAGAUCAGCUUUGUCGAGAUUGAUCUGCAGUCGAUUGUCCUGCGACAGGCACUGGACGAUUUUGCUGGCGAGCUCAAGCAUCGACGCGACAUCCGCAACAACAAGAAGCGUGAGGAGACUAGGAAGGAGAAGAAGAAGGAGCGUGAUAGAGCGAUCGAUAUCAAGCGCUCCAAGGAGAUCACGGAGAUCUAUGAGCGACAGAUGGCUGAGGAGCGCGAGCGCAAGAGGAUAGAGAUGGAGAUUGCCGAGCGAGAAGAGGCUGAGCGACUCAAGAACCAGCCUGCGCAGCCCAAGGCACCAAGUUUCCUGGACGCCAUAACCAAGUACAAGUCACAUGAAGAGGACUUCAAGUUCACAUUGAAGGAGUCAACAUCAUCACGCAAACGACAAUGA